AUGCUCUCGACUGACUUCAUCGCGCUUCCUACUCCGGCGCCCUUAUUGCCACCAACAGAUCGUCCACCGGAGGUGGACAUGUCGGAAGCCUCUCUUCCACAGCAAGACGGCAGCGCCCGGACCCAGGAGACAUCGGCAAAUCGUGAGCCCGUGACUCAAUCGGCAGCCAAUCUGGAGGCCUCGAUCAGCUCCGAAGGAAAAGACCUGACAGCUCAACCGUCAGCACAACUAGUGACAUCAUACAAAGCAGCCUUGGCAGGGGAGACCUCGGCGCCAACACAGCCGAUCGUUCCCUGGACGUUUGUCGGGGAAAGCGACCUGGUUCUAAGUUCCUUCAACGGGGAGCCGGAGCUAAUAGUUUCGGAUACCCUCAAAUCACGGCUCUGCGCACCUUGGAAGAAAACGCUCGUUGUUCGUCUACUCGGUCAAAAAGUCUCCUUUUCCUACCUCUGCUCGCAACUGAGAUGGAUGUGGAGACCUGUCGGGAAACUCGAUAUCAUGGAUCUGGACGAGGACGCUUUUCUGACAACAUUUGAUAAUGAUCAAGACUAUCUGAAAGCGCUCACCGGGGGGCCAUGGAUCAUCCUCGAUCACUACCUAAUUGUCUAUCAAUGGUCUCCAUCAUUUCGGAUCAGUGAUGCCAUUCCAAGGAAGGUAACGGCCUAG